AUCACAGUACCCUCUUGCGUUGCCAAGCAACAUAUAUACUGCACUGCACCUCCCGGUGCCCCGAGCUCUCCGUCCUGCCGUUUCUUCUUCUUCUUCUUCUUCCACACAACACAAUAGAAGCAAGCUAGCUCUCGAUCGAUCCAUCUCUCUCUUCUCCAGCCAUCCACAGGUGUAGUAGCAGCAUGACGGUGAAGGACUGCGGCGGGCACAAGGGUUGCGAGUGCGACCGCGAUCGUCUCUACCGCAAGCUGUGCGGCGCGCUCGUCGCCUUCAUCCUGCUCGUCCUCUUCGUCAUCCUCAUCGUGUGGCUGGUGCUCCGGCCGCACAAGCCCCGGUUCUACCUGCAGGACCUGUCCGUGCUGUGCCUCAACGUGACCCCGCCGGCGUCCACCUACCUCUUCACCACGAUGCAGGCCACCGUCGCCGCCAGGAACGGCAACGAGCGCGUGGGCGUGUACUACGACCAGGUGGACGUGUACGCGCAGUACAAGGACGUGGCCAUCACCGUGCCGACGCGCCUCCCCGUCGGGUACCAGGGCCACGGCGACCAGUCCGUGUGGUCCCCCUACUUGCAGUCCAUGGACAGCGUCCAGCUCCCGCCGCCGCUCGCCGUCGCGCUGGCGCAGGACGAGACCGCCGGCUACGUGCUCGUCGACAUCCGCGUCGACGGACGGAUCCGCUGGAAGGUGGGCUCGUGGAUCUCCGGCCACUACCACCUCCGCGUCAACUGCCCCGCGCUGCUCACCGUCAACGAGGGCAAGGGCAGCUACGGCGCCAACACCGGCGGCGGCAAUGGCUACUUCCGCUUCCAGCAGGCAGCCGCCUGCGCAGUAGACGUCUAGCUGCUGCUACUUGCUAGUAGUUCUUCUUCUUGCUGUUAAUUCGUCCUCCGAUCCGCCGGUUCGAUCUUUUAGCUAGUUUUCGUCGAUCCAUGCAUGAAUCCAUCUCUUGUUUUGUUCUAGCUGCAGGCUGCUUCUGUGGUAAUUUAAUUUUGAAGGUACGUAGUAGCGAUCGCUCCAAUUCAUGGGUGGGUGGGUGGGUUGGUUCGGGUUGCAAACUUAAAUUUGAGUGCAAGGAAAGGAACUGUAGUAUUGUAUGGAUCGAGGAAUUGAAGAGAUAUGGACGGAUGAUGAUGCGGAUGAACAGACGUAAAGGUUUCCUCUGCUUGCUCCACCGUACCAUGCCAAUACUAUUGUGAAUUGUUCAUACCCA